UGCGAUUCUCUCUCUCUCUCUAAAAAUCUUCAUCGUCUCUCUUUAGAACUCUUCAAUUUUUCUCUCUAGAGCUCUUCACUCUCUCUCUCUAAGUUUCCAUGGGGUUUCCUGUGGGAUACACAGAGGUUUUCCUCCCAAAGCUUUUCCUCCACACACUCUCCUUUCUGGGUUUCAUCAGGAAACUCAUUUUCUCGCUCUUUCACUUUCUGGGUCUCUCCGAUUUCCUGGAAACCGACGUUUCGUGGUCCGAAACGCAGGCGCAAGUGCCGGAAUACCCGCCGGUAUCGGCGGUUCUGAUCCGUGAAAUCCUGCCGGUGAUGAAGUUCGGGGAGGCGGUUUGCGGCGGCGACGCGCCGGAGAGUUGCGCCGUAUGUCUGUACGACUUCGAGGUAGGAGAAGAGAUCAGGCGGUUGACCAAUUGUAAACACAUUUUCCACCGGAGCUGUCUGGACCGUUGGAUGGACCACGAUCAGAAGACCUGUCCGCUUUGUAGGACCCCAUUUGUGCCUGAUGAGAUGCAAGAUGAGUUCAAUCAACGGCUCUGGGCUGCCUCUGGGAUCACUGAUUUUUACAGUGAAUACGGUACCGUUUCGGGCUUGUAGGUCGGAGAUUUUUCAUGGGUUUUAUUUUAUUUUUUAAAUUUUGGUUUGGUGAGGGUGAGAGGGUUGAACUGUAUAUACAUGAAGAAAAAAAAAAAAAAAAAUCUCCCACGUACCCAUUAAAAAAGGGUAGGUUUUCAAUAGUUAUUGAACGAUGGGCUCCCACAAAAUGCGUUCUUCUAUAUAUGAUUCCUCUGAUUUCCACCCCCCAAAAAAAAAGGUUCUACUUUUGUGAAAA